AUGGAAGUCGCUUCUGGUUUGAAUUGGUUGUUCCUGCUGAACAAUCAAGUCAUUUUGUCAUCGUCGAUACUGAGAUCAACGAUUAUCGCCGAUCUCAGUACAGCAACGAUGGUCGAUUCCGAGAUGAUGGAGUUGAAGCCCUCCUCAUUCACUGUGGAUAAUGACUCGUCAAUGGAAGAACCCCAAAGAUAUGACGGUGGGCCUGCCGACAACAGAACAGGAACGACGUUGAACGCUCUUUCCAAAAGGAAGUCGGCAUCGACAGUCAUUGAAGAAAAGAAUGUCAUCGUGCAUUCUGAGGGUAGUAGGAGUAGUACAGCUCCAGCUGCAACUUUUCAGGUCGGAGAAAGUGUCGCAUUGAACGAUUACGAGACGACCGACACCGCGAACAGUUCGGAUACCACAGAAGCACCCACAGUUGGGUUUCUUGUGGGUGAUGACUAG